UUCUCUCGCGCCUCCUCACUUUACUUCAUCGGGACAGGGGCUCACUAACAAGUAUAGUACUCCGACACUUGGUAUUGCUGGCAUCACUGGUUCCGGAAAUAUGGGCAAUCUUCUGAGCGCUGGGCUUGGUCUCACUCCUCGACAUGAAUCCUGGCCACUAGCUGGGGUAGUAGGUACCCCGCGCCAUCAGCCAACUGUAUGUACUGGCUUUUCUGGUCCAAGUUGUAGCGGCAGCAGCGGGAGUGGCAUCGGUCUCGCCAGUCCAUACUUAGUCAGGCAGCAAACUAACUCUGGAAAUCUU